UGGGGGAAUGUGGAGAGAUCUGACCAGCAGCAGCAACGUUCUUCCAUUGAGGCAGUGUGAGAUUCUGAGGACCGACUGCCGGACACAGACGGACAAUUCAGACAGGAGGACACGGAUCUGAGAGAGAUCAGUGGGAUUUACCCCUCUCUUCCACCCCUCCCUGCUGUAGAGAGAGAGCAGGGCGAUCUCUCUCUGCAUCUCCGUGCUUCUGUGUCUGUGCGUGCUCGUGUCUGGUUGCUGCUCCUGAACAGGAGCACCUCUGGAGGCUGUGGAGGUGUGUGUGCAGCAGGCAGCUGAGGGACGGAGCCCCAGGCGUCUGGGAGCGGAUCUCGUCCAGAGGACCAGGGCGUCGGGGCAAAGUGGGAGGAAGCUGAGCACCAGUUUUGGAUUGAAGUGUUUUUCAGCAGCGUGAGGGUGCAGCCCUGGGUGUAUUGGUUAAUCCACACACGCAAACACAAGCUCACCCACACAGGGAUUUACAACAGAGCUCGGAAGACUGGCCGUGGAUCGAUACCCUGCCUGCUUUUUGCCUCUGCUUUCCCCCUCUAUCAGGGGAGGGAAGCUUCCUGGAAUUUACCAUUGCCUCGUUACUGCUGAACUGGGGAGAGGCGUGUCUCCACGCCUCGCUCCCUCACCUGCCCACGUCUAACCUGUGUCUGUGUUAGUGUGUGUGUGUUUGUUUGUAUUCUGCUCUGUGCCGAUGGGAGCAUGGUUCUGCUUGUGUGUGCAUUAGUGUGAGCUACCCAGCUUGUAAUACUGGUCUUCUGUGUGGGACGACAGUGUGUCUUGUUAGUUUGCUCCAGUGUGUGUGUGAGUCUUUGUGUGUGUGUGUGUGCGCGCGCAUGUUGCUAUUUGAAUGUAGGUGUUUCGUGGGUACAUGGUAAGAUGCCCAGUGUUGGCUCCGUGCCCUGUCCCCUCCCUUGUGCAUGCCCUGUUGUGAUUGGGCCCCCAGUUUGACCCUGACCCCCACCCAGCUUGGCAGAAUGAGCGAGCGUUCGGGCGCCAGCACGCUGGCCGCCAUGAGCCUGGAAGAGCCGGGGGGCGAGCAGGCGUCUCCACGGGCCCCGGGGCACCUGCGCUGUGGACCCUGCGCCCUCCUGCCCCGGCAGCAGACCUGGCUGUGUGCCGUGCCCCUGGUCAUGGGCUUUGUGGGGCUUGGCCUCAGCCUUAUGCUCCUCAAGUGGAUCGUAGUGGGCUCCGUCCAGGACUACGUCCCCACAGACCUGGUGGACGCCAAGGGCAUCGGCCAGGACCCUAUCUUCAUGUCCCAGCCCAGCUCGGUGCCCAAGGGCUCGGACACCUCCACCCUGCCCUCCCCGGUGUCCAGCACCACGCCCCUGGCGGCUGACGGGACCGCCCCCGCCCCCAGAACUCGAGCCGAUCCACCGGCCAAUCACUCGGCCAACGGGAGCCCGGCCAAUGGAGGCAGUAACCGCGCCCCGCACCUCCACAACAGUGUGGUGAACCGCGUCCCCGCCACGGUUACCACAACAACCGCCCGCCCACCACGCAGCCCUGCACCGGGGAGGGAGGCGCCCCCCCGCAGCACUUCCACGCGCAGGGAGAACGGGCAGAGCAACGGACGCAACGGGGCGUCCAACCCACGGCCACGAAUCACCUCCUCUACGACCACCACCACCUUGGGGCCUGCCACUAAGGGCCCCCCAAAGGUGCCCCCCCCCACCGCGGCCCCCGGACCCCCCCUGAAGCCAACACGUUGGAGCAGCGGCCGCGCCCCCAAGGGCCCCCCCAAGGCCCCCGCCACACGCCCACACCACCGCUUCAGAACACUGGCCCCCACGUCCCCAAGUCUGCGCUCUGAGGUCUUCCAGCCCUGCCUGGAGGAUAAGGACCUGGCUUUCUGUCUGAACGAGGGAGAGUGUUCAAUCAUCCAGACAGUGGCAGGGGUGCACAGACACUGCAGAUGUAAGGAGGGUUACCACGGCCUUCGCUGUGACCAGUUUGUGCCCAAGACAGACGCCAUCUUAUCUGACCCGGUGGAUGAACUGGGCAUUGAGUUCAUGGAAAGGAGGGAUGCAUACCAGAGCCAGGUGCUGUCCAUCUGCAGCAUCGCCUCGGGGAUCUGCCUGCUCAGCCUGGCCUGUAUGGCUCUCUACCGACGCAACCGGAGACACAGGGAGAAGCUGAGAGCACACUUCUCAGAGAGCCACAUCCUGAGGGACUGCAGCAUCAACACCUCUGGCCUCAUGGCAAAAUCCAGCCCCAGGCCCCAGUCCGGCCUCCAGCUUCAGAAGUGCUGCAAGAACCACAGGCCCCUUCUGCCCCCGCAAGCCCCCCUUCUGCCCUGGAUGGGGGCCAGUCUGGCACCUGCUGCCCCGGGCAUGACCCCUCCCGCCCCGCCUGCCCCCCCGCACGUACGCAGCAGAGCCCUGGCUAAAGGCAAACUCUUCAGGAGCAGCCCCCUGUCUCUAAGUCCCGCCCAGCAACACAGGGAAGCCAAUCAUCUCGGAACCAGAGGAAAACCACUCCUCAUUGGAGGAGCCCAGGUUGCUGGCCACGCCUACAAGCACCUGCAGGAAGUAGAUUGUACAGAGAUGGAAGCAGAGAUGUUGAGAGGGUCGGAGUACCUGGGGUCCCAGCAGGGCAGGGUGCUGCCGUCCCCUCUGAGUGUGUGGGCGGCAGGACAGGGGUGGACCGAGGUCCCCUGCACCCGCCUGGACAGCGGAACACGCUCCUCUCCUCCUGCCCCUCCUCCCUCCUCCUCUCCUCCUCCCUCAGGCCUCCGGGCUCACUCCGUCCCCAUCAUCCCGUCCCUCCAGGGAGAUAGCAGCGAGGACAGAGAUGGAAGCAGGAGCGAUGGGUGGGGCUGUGAUGCUGCUCCAGCCCCCCCUGGGGUCCCAGCCCCCCCUGGGGUCCCUCCUGGGCCAGGGUCCAGGGCUCCUUCCCGUCAUGCCAGCGGUGGGGCCUGGCGGCCCGGCCCAGGAAGGAGCCAGCCUCUCAUACAGCCUGCUGGUGCCUCUAGAAGUGUAGCAGAACCGGAGGGCAGGGUCAAACAUGAGAGUGUGGUGGGCACUGUGACAGCCCUGAGCUCGUACCAGAGCAGGAACACUGCUGGAGCAGUGCUGGAACCAGAGGGGAAGACCAGGCGCUGCUCACCCAGGGUCCACAGCUGUUCUAGGGUCGGGGGUCACCGGGCUGGAGGCCAGAGAGAGACCCAGAGCCACCUGCUGGCUGGAGGGACACACUGCCUCCCAGCUGAGCUAGCCAGAGGAAGAGGAAGUGCUUGUGCCAAACCCUCCGCAAGCUGA